GCUCAUUUGAAUCUAUUGAGGGAGGAGGAGAAGAUCUCCGGUCCUCUGCGUUAGAGCCAGAGCUGAUAGUCUCUUAUCUCAGCAUCCGAGAAACACUCCCGCUAAUCGCACAUCAUUGGGAUCGUGUAUGCUGAAUUUCCCAAUGAUAGAAGUGGGGAAACGAUUCUGGCUUUGAGAAAAACUGAGACAUACCGGGAGGUUCUCAAGUAGAAGUUCGGGACAAGAGAAAAAAAAGAAAGAAAGAAUAGUAUUAUUGUUUUUUUCUACAGAUCGGCCAAUUUGAAACCAUCAAUAAUGACUAGAAGAUCGUGUGCCAUUUACGCCACCGGGAUCGUGUGCGCUCAUUUGCUUAUUUUGGGAAUCGCCCUUCUGGUGGCUCAAGUCUUCCAAACAAUGAUUCAAGAACGGUUAAAAAAGGAGAUCACACUGGCUAAGAACAGCAGAGUAUUGGAGGGCUGGAUAAAUCCACCGCCUCCUGUUUACAUGCAGUAUUUCUUCUUCAAUGUUACCAAUCCAGAUGAGUUCUUGGCUGGAAAGGAAAAGCCCAAAGUCACUCAAAUGGGGCCUUAUACUUACAGGGAAUAUCGACCAAGGGAAAAUGUCACUUUCCUUGAGAAUGGGACGAAAAUCUUUGCCACAAAUCCCAAGAGCUUUGUGUUUCUUCGCAACAUGUCAGUGGGAGAUCCUGAGGUUGACCGUGUGAUAACCGUUAACAUUCCAUUAAUUGCCAUCAUGAAUGAGUUGAACUCCUACUCUUUCUUUCUGAGGACUGGUGUGUCUAUGUUGAUGGGAUCCAUGGGCAUCGAGGUGUUUAUGAAUCGUACAGUCCAUGAGGUCCUGUGGGGUUUCAAAGACCCGCUGCUGUCCAAAGUUCACAGCAUGAAACCAGAAGUGGAAGAGUAUUUCGGCCUUAUGUACAAUAAAAAUGGAACCCAUGAGGGUGAAUUUGUCUUCCACACUGGAGAGAAGAACUACAUGGACUAUGGAAAGAUUGACACGUGGAACGGCAUCAGUCAGAUGAACUGGUGGUCAUCUAACCAGAGCAACAUGAUCAAUGGUACCGAUGGCAGUGUCUUCCACACCUUCCUGUCCAGGAAAGAACUCCUCUACAUCUUUGCUGCUGAUCUGUGCCGAUCCAUUCAUUUGGGUUACGUAAGCGACACAGAGGUGAAGGGUAUCCCUGCUUUCCGCUUCGCACCUCCUUCGGAUGUACUGGCUCCCCCAGAUGAGAACCCCAGUAACGCUGGCUUCUGCGUGCCUGCUGGAGAUUGUCUAGGAAAAGGAGUCCUCAAAGUCAGCGUCUGUCGGCAAGGUGCACCCAUCGUUGUAUCAUUCCCUCAUUUCUACCAAGCCGAUGAGAGGUACAUCAAGGCCAUUGAAGGAAUGAACCCAAAUGAAGAGGAACACGAAACAUACCUCGACAUCAACCCGACCACAGGGGUUCCCAUUCGUGCCUGUAAGAGAGCUCAGCUCAAUGUCAUACUGAAGAGAGUCAGUGGCUUCCCCAAAACAAGAUUCCUGAAUGAGACAAUUUUCCCGAUUAUGUAUGUCAACGAGACUGCAACUAUUGACGAUGAUUCUGCAGCCCAGAUGAGGACGCUUCUGUUGAUUGUAACAGUGGUGUCCAACUUCCCGGUCAUCAUUGUGGGGCUGGGGGCCAUUUUACUUGUGAUCCUGAUCUUCCUUGUCUGCAGGAACCGCCAGAGAAAGAAUGAAGUAAAACGUAUUGAUUUUACUGAAGCUUUUCAUUCUUUUGCUACAACGAAAGACGAAACUGCUUAUACCCAAGUGAGCAACCAAGCAGAGGAUUCGCCAGAAAACCGCACCAAUCAGCCUUUGAGGAACGGAUCUUACAUUGCCAUGUCACCAGUGGAGGCACAAAAGUGUUGAUGAAGGACAUCAUGUCUACCAAUAGUGCAUCCUCACCCUUUUUUGUUUUACUUUUCACUGUGCGAUUCGUCUUCGUGGGCCAGUCCCCGCACACUCACCACCGUAUGCCAAGGGUCACCUAUUUUGACUUGUGACUUUUUUUUUUUUUUUUUUUUUUGGUUCUUUGAGCAUGGCCUUCUCAAAGUGCCAUAUCUUCAAACAAAAUAUAUGUAAAUUCACCCAUUUCAAACAACCGUCUCUGGGUUUCCAGAGGCUUCUGUUGCCUAGUUUUGAGAGGCCUGAAACACACUCUCUUGCCUUUUUUACAAACACAUAUAUGCAUUGCAUGCUCACAGAGUCCAUAGUUCCUGAAGGCAUGAGAGCGUGAGGGGUUUCACCCAUCCAGAACACUCAUGUCUGGGACAGCCUGUGCUCUUAAAGUGUUUCAGAUCUCUUCCCACACUACUGUAUUCAGGUCUACACAGGCAGACCUUGAACUAACACAGCUCUUCAUACAUAAACCCUUUGAUAAAGAGCAGAUAAAUGCAAACUAUUAAUUUACCUCCUCUAAGAGUAUUAGAGAGCUAAAAGGUCUAAUAUGCUAACAAAAACUGGGUCUAAUCCAGAACUUGUGUGAAUGUGUGUGUGUGUGUGAUUGUACAUACCAGUAUGUGUGUGUAAUUAUACGUGUGUGUAUUUACGCAGGCAUGUCAAUGCUUGCAUGUUUUUGUCACACUGUGGUGAACUGCUCUGGUGGAUCAUCGUCCACCAUUUUGCACGAUGCAGUGUGACGACAUAUGGAAACUAGUGACUUGAGCAGUCCUUUCUAUUUCACAAUAUCAGAGUCACAUUCAUUCUGAUGCCAGAAACAUUUCAAUGAUGAAGGCUGGUAAAAAGAGGUCAGACAUUCUCCUUUAAGGCAUCGUAUUACAGAAAUCGCACUAGCUUUUAGCAUUUUGUAAAAAACGAACAACAGACGUAGAACACUCACAAGUGAGACUUGAAUAUUUUCUGCCUUACAAAUACUUACGAACACAAUGUGAUUCUGCUGCGUGGUAAUGGCAGGUGUUCGGCGGAACUAGAUGAAAUGUCAGACAAACUUCUGUGAAUCAGUGUCGGACUUAGAACUACAUCCCUCCCGUUUCACAGCAAAACAUUCUGUUAUAGCGAGAGCACAACUGCAGAACGCUGAAUCCACAGUCUAAUCAGAGCAGAAGGGGUUAAAGGUUAGCAGGUUUUCAGGGGUUAAUGGUGAAGUUUGCACAUUUUUUUUUUUUUUUUUUUUUUUUCUGUGCACGUUUGGUUAAUAUUAACCCUCUGUGGGCAAAAAAGACCCUAGCACUUGAAUCACUGCGUGUCUGUUGAGUUUAUUUUUCGUGUUGCUUUUUCUGUCCUUGAUGUUCGCCAUUGCUUCUUAAAAAUGAAUUGAGGCCAUAUUUUAAACAACUUGAACAGGAUGCGAUAGCUGCACACUUUACAAAAUAUCACAAAAGAUGAGUUGUCGCAUGCAUUUCUGUGGGUUUGUCCAAAUGAAUAUUUUCAGUUGUCUGUCUGAAGUUGCCAUAACCCAUGUGUGCAGUUGCACUCUGUUGUUUUAAAGACUGGCGUGUCUGUAAAUCAUUCCUGUUUUGGAGACACUUGCUGGAAUGGUUGGUGUUUGUUACUUUUACUUGAUGUAAACCAUCUGUUACCUAUUGCAACCACGGUUUGCGUGGAUUGCAGUGCACAUUGUUGCGUAUUUAGCUUAUCGUAAAGAUUUAGUGCAAGAUUUAAACUGGAAACACUGUGCUUGCAGUGUCUUAUGCAGCUGUAUCUGAACAGAAAACUGAGGGAAAGUUAUUCAAGCUUUAGUCCAUUACAGUGUUGUCAGUGCAAAUAGUAUAUAAAUUUACAUUAAAAUUGUCUUUGGCAGUCUCUCUUAACAUACUAGGCUGAACAAAGACCCCGCUGGAACAUUGUGUAUCAAGUGGUGGGACGUAAAAUGUGACUUGAGUAUGAAAGAUCUAAGAACCUGAGCCAUUUCUAUACAGUUUCCAGAUUUCUUACGGUGACUUUUGCCCCUAUAUGCUUGACCAAAGAUUAGAUAACUGGUUUGUUUGCUUUCCUCACAGAUAGCUGUAGUGCCAUCGACUUCCCAUUUACAUGAGCAUUAGAGCCUCAUUGUCUACAAAGGCAAAUAAUAAAAAAAUAAAAAAAUAACAAAAUAUUUUCCAGAGCAUACUAUGUGAGUUUAUAUGUUUAAUACAGCAAAGAACUUAAGAUGUAAAGUGUUGCCACAGCGUGCAAAGAAACUCAGUAUUAUGUAUUGACACAGCAAUACAACGAUAUGUAAAAAGUAAAUUUUAUAAUGAAGUAAAAAGGUUUUGUAAUCAGACAAACAAAUAUUUAUGUAUUCAUAUGUUCAAUGGUAUGUACAUUAUCUGAAUUUGUAAGGUCUUUUCUUUGGUCUUGUUCAUUUCUAUAUUUUUAAUUAUUUUGUAAUAUUACCAGUGGGGUCAUCAAGCACACUUCUGUUUUCUUCUUCUUAAUUUUUACUUUUUAUUUUCCUCUAGAUUUCUAAGUAGUACCAAGUGAAUAUUGUUCUAAAUUCAAGACUGAACAGUGUAUAUGGUUGUAAAAACUGUUAACUUUGAUGGAGAAAGGCUUGUGUUGUAUCUGUGGGGUGUGAGCCUAUCCUGUGUAAUGAUCUCCUGUUAUACAACUCUCUCAAGCUGUCAACUGUUUGUCCAAUUGGAAUAACAAAGGGAAGGCUGAGUGUCUUUGAGUUCCACUAAGGAAGAUUGCCAUAGUGCCAUGAUGGGUACAAGGGAAGUUUCCAUUUGCAAUCUAACCUUUUUUUUUUUUCUUAGAUGAAUGAUGCCCUCCUUCAGGGAUGAGCUUUUAGUGCCAUACCAUCCUUGUUUAUUUCAUUUGCUUAAGUAGCAACACGUGUAAGCAGUGUAGCAGUUGUUUUUUUCCCCCCCCUCUGCCUUUAUUUCAGGGCUGGUAAAUUCCUCAACAUCUUUGAGGGUGGUCUUAAAAACACUGAACACUUCAUCACAUUCUCCUGAGAAGCAUUGCAUUUUUUGCUGCUGAGAAUGACAAUCCUUAUGUCAUGUUAGGUGCAAAAUCAUUUCAAGUAAUAUUCAUUUUUAGUUUUGAUAAUUUACACUGCACAAAUCUUUCUACAAUGCUUUUGUAAACCUUUUUAGUGUUAUUUGCAAAAAAUAAAAAAAUGUUGAAAUA